GUUUAGAACCAUCGUAUUUUGAUCCCGGAGGUUCACCGGCCCCUGGCUUUCUCCCUGCCCUGAAAUACCCCAACCCCCUCCUUCGUUUUAGGGAUCCAAGAAGAGCCAUUGUUUUUGGAGAAAAGCCCUUUCUUCCUGUGCAAGGAUCGUCCCAAGCCACAGCAGGGCUGGGUGUAUAAAUUUACCGGGCGCUUCUACCCCGCCCCCUUUGUGCUCCAGCCCCGCCCUGAUCUUCCCCUUUCGCUUUUAGCAGGUCUGGGCCCGCUUGUUUCUCUUUCACUCCCCGAUGGCCUGAGGCGCCUCGGCCCCCGGAGCGAGGGGAGAAGCGGGACGCUACAGCCGCGGCCCCCGCGCAGACUUGGCUGGACUUGCAGGGGUUAUGGAACUGUCAGCCGGGAGUGAGCUCUGGGCCUUUGCCUUUUUCUGCCACGUAGGAAUCCUGGUCUCCUCAGAAAGCUUUACCCUGAAAGGAUCAGAUUCUCCAGUGAUUGCCACAGUUGGCACAGAUGUCAUCCUUCCAUGCCAACUUUCACCUAGGACCAGUGCCAAACAGAUGGAAGUGAGAUGGCAUAGCAGUGAGAUUCCUGGCCUGACCCAUCAUUAUGUGAAUGGGCAGGAUGCCCCGCAGAAGCAGAACGCGCACUACCGGGGAAGGACAGAGCUAUUCAAGGAGGAGCUUCCCAAUGGCAAUGUCUCUCUACUGUUAAAGAAGGUUCAGGUGGCAGAUGGAGGCAGCUAUGUCUGCUUCGUUGGCAACAAAUUGAAUUAUUUCGAAGGCCUUGUGGAGUUAAAGGUUGGAGCUGUUGGCACAGGCCCCACAAUCUCUGUGCACCGUUCCCAGGACCAGGCAGUGACACUCACUUGCAGUUCAGAAGGGUGGUAUCCGGAACCAGCAAUACUGUGGACUGACAUGCAUGGUCAAAGACAGAAUUCAACCGUGUCAUCUGUAAAAGAUGUUCAAGGUCUACACAAUAUUCAGAAUCACGUGGAUGUGAAAGAUAACAAGAACCAGGUCCUGGUGUGUCAGCUCCAAAGCAACUUCUGGGACCAGACAAGACAGUCGGCACUGCAACUUUCCAGUGAUUUAUUCCCAUAUGAUAAACACCCAUAUGUAGUCACCACAGUGAUAUUCUGUCUAUUGUUCAUUAUAUUGGGUGUGAUUACAGGCUUCAUAUUCAAAACAGAGAGAGAAUCCAAAGGAAAGCUUCAAAUUGCAAAAAAGCUAUUGAAGGCCCAAAACUCAGCUGUGCAAAUCCGAUUGGAUCCUAAAACAGCCCAUCCCAACCUUCAUAUUUCAUCGAAUUUCCUACAUGUAAACCACACUGACCAGAAGCAAGCGGUGACAGAUACUCCAGAGAGAUUUGAUGAAUGGGCCUGUGUCCUAGGAUCUGAGACCCUCCGAGCUGAGAAGGAAUAUUACUGGGAAGUGCAUGUGGGAAAUAAGACAGACUGGGAUCUUGGGGUAACAAACGGGAAGGCUAAUAGGAAAGGCUGGCAAGAUUUGAAGCCAGAGAAUGGGUACUGGGGGAUACGAUUUUUUAACAGUACUGAUUAUAUAGCCUUUGUGGAGUCUCCAGUUAAACUAAGACUUGGCAAACAGCCUGAAGUAGUUGGGAUUCACUUGAAUGGUAAGGCUCAGAGUUUAAAUUUCUAUGAUGUUUCAGAAAUGUCUCACAUCUACACUUUUAGACUGAAAUCCUCUCUGGAUGUAUACCCCUAUUUCUGUCCUGGUCUGAACAAAAAUGGGAAAAACAAAGACCCUCUCAAACUUCGCUUUCUCUCUCAUGGCUACUGUGACCUGAUGUCUUCAAAUUCCAUUCCUUCACCUCCCACCUCCACAUUGGAGCUCUUGGGAAGCACUAAUGGAAAGGAUGGGGCCGCAGAACACUCCAGCCUCAACAACAGUGAUGAUGUCACUGUUCCAUUUCUACACCAGGCUUCUUGCAGACAGAAGCAGGAGCCAUCCCCACCAUCUGGCAAUGUGCAUAACGGUGUAUAGGUUCUUAGUUAGUAAUUAGUUGGCUGUUGGACUGUGGGGUUUACCCUCCACCCCAACUGCAUUUCCUUGGGGGGCUUUACAUGCCCAAGUCCCAGAGGUUUAAAUAAAUAAAUUUUAAUGGAGAUAUCCUAUCUUCUAUAGCUGGAAGGGACCUUGAAAGAUCAUUGAGUCCAGCCCCCUGCCUUUCUAGCAGGACCAAGUACUGAUUUUUGCCCCAGAUCCCUAAGUGGCCCCCUCAAGGAUUGAGCUCACAACCCUGGGUUUAGCAGGCCAAUGCUCAAACCACUGAGCUAUCGCUCCCUCUUAAGCCCUGCAAAUCCAGCAACAAGCCUAUGCCAAUGGAUGAUGCCCACAAUGCUUAUUUAAAGUGUCUGGGGGAGGCUCACCAAGCAGACAAGUGCAGGGUUUGUAAAAGGUUUUGCCCCCAGAACAAAAAAGGAGCAUGAUUUUCACCUCAAGCAGCAUCUUAUGGAGAUGGCACUCAGACCACAGCUUCUAGCUGUGCAGCAAGACCUGUCACUGAGCUUAUCGGUGUGCAACAUCCCGGUGGCAGUGGUGGAAGCAGCACCGUGGAAUGACUCUGCACCGCUGCUCCCCGACUCUAAAGCCCCCUGGAUUGACCUGGCACCACUCCCUGGCACAGAAGCAGCACUGAAAGCAAAGGAGGAGUGGAUCUCCAUCCCAGAGACCCGCCUGUGGUGUUGCACUCCAUAUGUUUUAUGGAAAUACAUCAUACUUGCACUCAAGUAUAACUGGAAUAUGCUUUAUACAAACGGUCUCUUGUAAGGUAUCAUUACAAAGCUUAUGAUCUAUUGAAUAUGUUCAUCCUAUUUAUUUGGAUGUAUUAUUUCUAUGCCUGGAGUUAGGAGAAUAAGAUAUAAACUUGUUUACAUUAGUAAUACAUGUUUAUAAGUGGAAGCCAUUAAAGGUGCUUCAGAAUCAAUGAAUUGUGAAUGGGUUUGUUUACCUGCAAGUCUUCCUAUGUACCUGUCUUCCAGCUACUAGGUGAUGAAGAAGGAGGUCUUACAGUGACAUGUGAUCAUGUCACCUGAACUGGAAUCCAUCUUAAAUCUGGUGCUUUUCCAUUUAGAAGGAGAGGUGGGGAUCCAGAGACGCACAAGAUUCCUGCCUUGUG